CCCAAUACGUCGUAGCAACUUUCUUGCCUUCAUCUAGAGAGAACAUGUCGUCUAGCACGCUCCUUACAAUUGCCGUCUUGUCUAACGUUUUGUUCUGGGCUUUUUCGAUCGAUGAUUCUAAAGUGCAGUUUUCUAUCAAAUACGUCACAGGACCGACCCUACGAAGUGGGCAAUCUCUCCAUUUGAAGUGUACGGGACAGACAGCUCAGUUCUACCACUGGAAAAGAAAUGGUAGACUAAUCUGUGACAGCUCUCAACCCAUCGACCCUUCGUCUAGAUUCAGAUGCUCUAACAAUGAUCUAGUUGUACCUAUUGUCGACGCUCGAGACGACGGGCAAUACUUAUGUCUAGCGCCAAGAGUAGGGAAGAGCGCUCCCGUCACUGUCACAGUAACCGCGGUACCAUGCACUGACCAUACACCGAGUGUCACUACGCCAACGCCUGGUACAUCAAAAUCUACUACUGGAACAGAACGUUCUACCAAUACAACAACACGUUCUACCAAUACGACAACACGUUCUACCAAUACAACAACACGUUCUACCAAUAUAACAACACGCGUACGUUCUACCAAUACGACAACACGUUCUACCAAUACGACAACACGUUCUACCAAUACAACAACACGUUCUACCAACAUAGUAACACGCCCUACUACCGUAUCCACAACCGGAAUUUUGACUAAAUAUCAAGGUGGCAAUAAUACAGUAACCUCACGAGAUGCCUUUCCAACAACCAUGCUCACUACUAACACAACAGCUAAAGCUGCAGGAUCAGUUACUUUCUGCUGUAUUUGGAUUUCAAUUCUUUCUGUACUUGCUGUCGUUUGGAAUUCUACCGAGUGAUGUUGUCGCAGUCAUACGUACAGACAAUGUCAGACUUAAUGAGUUAUUCAGUAUCCUAAAUUUGGAGAGGAUUUGUUUUGCACUCUAUGGUACAUGCACAUGUAUUUUACUGCAGAUUAAUAUAUUGUCUAAAGAUA